AUGUCCUCGCACCUGCUAGAACACCAGCCGGACCGGGACGCCUACCGAGUUCUCGGCCAGAGAACACCGUCCACCAACAAGCCGGCCUUCAGUCUCCGGGCUCUCCGGGCCUCUCCCACCACCAGCACCGCCCCACUGGAAGUUACAGCCGCCGAGAUUGCAGCCAUCAACACCCCCAUCGACGUCUGGCUCCCGGGUCUUAUCACGCUCAAAAAUUCCGCGCAACAUCCAGUGGCGGUGUUGUUCACGCCAACAGACAGUCCCCACGACGAUAACUUCCAGCACCUCGAGUCCCUACACGCCGCCGUGGGGGUACCGAGCGCCUACCUCCUCGAGCGGCACCAGGGAGUAACGCACUCCUUCGGCUCGACGCCCAUUGCUGCAUGGCUCCACUUCCUCUGCAAAGCGAUCAAGCUCCAGCAGACACCCACUGGCUACCGGAUUGAGGGGUCGAAUGGUAGAGACAAUAGCUGGCUGCAGGGCGGGUGGCAUCUUUCCUACACCAAGGAUGCAGCAACGGGCGGGUAUAGGGUUUUGUUACUCACCUCGGGACAGUUUCCGGAGCUGGAGAGUCGCCUGCAGGUGUGGUUGCUGGCGGGCGAGAAUCUGCAAACAGUCCAGAAGGAUCCGUACGCGCUGUGGAUUCCGGCGCUGAUGGAGGCGUGGAAGUUUGUUGACGACGUCACUUGGGGGCUGGUUACUGUGUUCGGAGGAAUGGAGGCGUCAAUCAUCACUCACUCCGCCACGACAACUCUGGAAAUCGACUACCAGGAACUCCACAACCUAGCGAAGCAUAUAAUCCACCUCUCGGAGAGCAGCUCCGCAAUACUCUGCAGCCUGGAGAGUCUCCUCUCCUCGCACGGCCGGCUAUUCCCGUCCAGUCCACAGGUGCACGAGGGGAUAGAGUACGUCCGCAAUCUAUUCAAGUCGACGAACCUACGUCUGGCGAGUCUGAGCAAGAAGGUAGAGAACACGAUCAACCUGACGUUUCACAUCGUGGCCCAGCAGGAUAGCAAGCGGGGGGUCGAGGCGAAUGGGAUCAUGCUUGAUGACUCGGCCACGAUGAAGGUUAUAGCCUGUGUUACUAUGUUUUUUUUGCCCGGGACGGCGGUGGCGACGAUUUUCGGAAGUAAUUUCUUCUGGAUGGAAGACGGCGACUUCUCCAUGAGUGGGGAGUUUUGGAUGUAUUGGCUUGUCGCAUUACCCGUGACGCUAAUGGUGUAUAUGUUCUGGCGCUGGUCGCUAGACUUGAAAAUGAUCCCCUCGUGGCCACCGAGGAGGAGGAGGAGAGAUUCGAGGUUUGGGGGAUAG